AUAUAGUCGGUAUACUGAUAAACUGUUAUUCUUUAUUUAAAAAAAUGCGAGAUAUUAUAGUGAAGAAAGUGGUAGAGUGUGUGAGGGAGUAUAACCGACCUCCGUGAUGACAAGAGACGUGUAAGGCCGAGUCACCAGAAGUUUAGUAGAUAUAGAGCCGUGUUCUUAUGUGUGGAGGCCCAUAUAAAUAACUGCAAGCAAGAAUGAAGUGGUUUGAAGGAAACAUUCCAGAGGCCAUUAGCGCUGCCAAAUCAAGGAAUGCCAUUUUUGUAGUAUAUGUACAUGAUUCUUCAGAAGCUUCCAAAACUACAGAUGAAGCCUUAGGACAGAAAGAUAUAUCAUCUGCACUGGGUUCUGACAAUUUUGUAGCAAUACAAUUAGAAAAUGGUACUGAAGGUGCUAAACAAUUCUCCCAGAUCUAUCCAUUAGUGCUGGUUCCGUCCCUGUUUUUUAUUAGUGGCCAAACAGGAAUACCCCUUGAGGUGCUUGGAGGCCCACUUACUGUUGAUAAUUUGCAACUAAAACUCAAAAACUUGGCCCCAAGCCUUGAACAGACUGAUUCUGUCAGUGUGGAUGUCGGUGAGCAGGUUACCACAGCCUGUGAAACUUUUCAACCUAACACUAAGAGUGACCAACAAGAGGAGCAAAAUGAAGUGGAAACAAAUGAUGAAAAUCCAAAUUCUGUAAACAAUUCCACAGAAGAAUUAGAGCUACCAUCAGCAAGUAAAAAUGAAGACUUAGUUGAGAGUGGCUCAGCUAAUAAAAAUGAAGAAAAUGCUCUGCUGCCUGAUGACACAGGUGCAACAGGUAUGUGUAACAGUUUAAAUAAAAAAUUAACUCUUAACCCCUUCAGGGUCCGUGCCGUAGAUCUACGGCUUCACGUUCAGGGUCCAAACGUAGUGGGAGAUGAGCAAUCUUUAAACCCAUUUGCUUUUCUGCGAGGUGAACAAAUUCCUACAAGUCAAGGAACACCUCCAGUUGCUACUGCUUCUUCAGCAUCAUCAUCUGGUGUUUCACAUAACAGCAUUUCUAGAUUGAAAUUCCGCCUGCCUGAUGGAUCUUCAAGUAUAGCACAGUUUCCAGCAGAAGCAACAUUGUCUGAGGUGUUCCAGCAUAUAGAACAGAAUGUGCAGCUCCCAUUUUCUAAUUUCAACCUAGGAUCCACAGUUCAUUCUGGACCAUUCACACCAGAUGACUAUAAUACCUCACUUAGAGAUUUGGGUCUGGUUCCUUCAGCAAUUAUGGUCAUCUUGCCUGUUUAA